CGGUGCUGUUUAUAUCAGAUUACAGAAACGAACUGACAUGUAUUAUUAAACUUUAAAACUCACCAUCUGUAUAUAGAGCCUAAAACGUCAUUAUGUUUUUCUAUGCUUUUAAUGGAACAACCUCCAAUCUCUUCUCUUUAACUGGGCCGGCCAACUGCUCCAUAUUUGGAUUACACUUUUACACACACACACACACACACACACUCUUACGCACGCCUCCACACACUCACUCCCUCCGUCACACACACUCACUCACUCACUCACUGGAGGUGGGGGGACGGAGAGAUAGAGCUAUUAGCUCGGGCUGCAGCAGACAUCAUUGUACGAGCGGAAGGGAGACGAUUCCACCGGCAGUGCGCGAGAACGCACGGAGCCCUGGCAACACGGAGAGCCUCGCGCUUCCCUGCCCGUUAUACCGUACAGGAAUGGUGAGGGUUGUUGGAGCCAGGCAGACGCAGACGUGGACAGACAGAGUGGGAAUCACAAGCCGUCCCCUCAGACACCAGGAGGAGAGAUUUAUCCAUCCCCGUCUUAGUGGUUUCAUCUGGACUCUUCUCUCCGAUUGAACAUUGUAACCUUCUACCCGGUCAAGAUCCGCCUGUGUCAUCCUGCUGGGCUGUGCUGGAGGCCUGCACUGAGACUACAAGUCGCGUUGGGAUUGUAACGACUUCAAUGGGCCACAACACAUGCUGAAACACUGGAGGCAACUGAAUGAGGUUGUUCCUGCAGUCCUGGAGACUCGCUCUCAGAGGGAAAUGAUUCCGCAUGAAUUGCAUGGACCGCUCUCCCACAGCAGGUGUGACUUCCAUUGCUUAAGACUGAAAUCUGUGUCCAUCCGACCUUAGGCACAGGACACAUCCCCUCACACCACCACUCUCCUCUCUACCCCAUCCCCAUCCUCGCUCUGAGCCAGUCAGUGGGACAGCACACUCUGUUAGCAGUACAAACAGAGACCAAGAGGGAGAGGAAAAGAGCCAAAAAAGACGGGGAAGAAACAUACAGAAAGAGUAGUACAAGAUUCUCAGACACCAUGAAGUCAAACCAGGAGCGGAGCAAUGAAUGCCUGCCCCCAAAGAAGCGUGAAAUCCCAGCAAGCACUCUGCCCUCAGAGGAGAGGCCCAUGGUGAUGGCGCCUGCCAAUGAGAGCCAGCGUUCAGGGAACCUGGCCUGGCUUGCCAGUUUGGCAAGCGGACAUGACAGAGGGCGGCAGCACACCAGCACCUCCUCAGAGCUCGAUGGGCCUCAAUACAAACCAUUGUUAGCCACAGCGGAGAGCAACCAUCCUUCAUCCACGUACUUAACCAGAUCUCCCACUGCAGUGACCACCAUAUCUGCAGUGUACACAUCACCCCUCUCUCAGCAUGCUGGCACCAUCCAGUACACACCCCUGGCUCCUAAUCUUCACUUCAUCAGCUCUCCGUACUCUACACCAUAUGCUGGCUACAUCUCACCUCUUGUUCCCCCUUUGGCUGCCACCACUACCACACAACGUGACGCUUAUGCCAGUACCUCCAGUUCUCUAACAUCCAAAAUUGACCAGCACCACCAAUUGGGCCGUCCUACUGGCCUGGUCACAACUGACAACACCUCUUUGUCCCACUCCACACAAUACGUCCAAAUUGCUGGUUCUCCUCUAAGCAUAUCUCCUCGGACUGCUCCGUCACCCCAUGCUCACUUGCCUCUACACUUACACCCUCACCACACGCUCCCCAUCAGUGGCCACUCGCCAGUCUUAGUUCAGUACACAGAUGGACCUUUACCCAAGAGAGAGGAGACAAGGCCCAGGGAGGUGCUGAACGGUGAGUUAGAGAAGGACAGACGCUUUGGUCCAUCUCCCGAAUCUAGUGUAGGGAAACAGGGCAGCACUGCCAAAGGAUGUUCCUCUACUCAACAGCACCAGAUCCACCAGCAGCUGAGCCAACAUCACUAUGAGGCUCGGCAUGUGGUGCUCCCUGCCGAAUAUGUGCAGGACAGUGCUACCAUGCGGACCUCGUUGGUGCUGGUACCCAACAGUCAUAGCUCCGGUGGUACACCUGACAAGAUGCCUCCCCCAACAUCCCACUCUGAGAAAGGAGGGAUUUGUGCAGGCAAACCCAUGUCCCGUAAUUCCUCCUCCUCUGCCUCCCUUCAAUUUCCUCCUCCCCCUCCACCUGUGGACAGUCUGAAGGGGGCGUCUACCACAGUGUCUCCCCAUGCAGUCAUCCAGACCACACAUAACACCACAGAGUCACUCUCCCUGGGCCUCCCCUCCACCAAUUUCUACUCUACCCAGCAGCCCAUCAUUGGUUACAUUGCUGGCACAGGACACCAGCAGCCUCUCAGCUACCACACCAGCCUAUCUCAGCACCUGGUCAUACCUGGAACUCAACCAGUCAUCAUCCCAGUGAGUGGAACUGAAGCUACUGCUACAUCGACUACACCACACUUGCCUGCAGCACUACCCCAUACUUUCGUCACCUCAACAGCCCCAAAAGUAGAGACUUUUGAGGCUACAUCCCCAUACCCUCACCCUGCCACAACUGUGUUUCAAGCCCAGUUGCAUCUGCCUGUGGUUCCGGCCCCUGCUGGCUUGCUGACGACUCCACCGCCACCCUCAGCCCCUUCACUGCCCCCUUACUUCACCAAGGGCUCCAUCAUCCAGUUGGCAAAUGGAGAAUUGAAGAGGGUGGAGGACCUGAAAACAGAGGAUUUUAUUCAGAGUGCUGAGAUCAGCAAUGAAUUGAAGAUUGACUCCAGCACUGUAGAGCGCAUUGACAGCAGUCAUACACCUAACUUUGCUAUUAUACAGUUUGCUGUAGGAGAGCAUCGCUCACAGGUCAGUGUAGAGGUGUUAGUAGAGUAUCCUUUCUUCGUGUUCGGACAGGGCUGGUCGUCAUGUUGUCCAGAACGGACAUCCCAUCUGCUCGAGUUGCCAUGCACCAAGCUUUCAGUAGGUGAUGUCUGCAUCUCCCUCACCCUGAAGAACCUGAGGAAUGGCUCAAUCAAAAAGAGCCAGGGGCAAGUUUUGGAUGUGCCUACCCUCGGUCCACCCCUUAAAUCACCCAAAGCACUCUCCAGUGGCGUGCGAGGGGGUGUUCGGCACACAGAACAGGAAAAUGGACUUGGGCAGUGUGGAGAUCAGGGAGGAGGAGGCAGUCAAGGCAACAGAGAGAAUGGAGAACUGAGGUUUGGCGAAAGAGACACCUGCAAAGCACCAACGGUCACUGAAUCAGAGUCCAGCAGCAAGCCCACAGGCCGCAAAAGGAGGUGGUCGGCCCCUGAGGGCCGCAAAGUAGAGAAUCCUGAAGGAGAGCCUCCUUUAACGUUCCCCAAGCCUUCUUUCAUCCCUCAGGAGGUUAAAAUCAGUAUCGAAGGCAGAUCAAAUAUUGGAAAGUGAAUGCAGAUUGGACUGUCAUAUUGUAAAAGCAAAGUUUGCCUUCAGAAUGUUUUAGGUUCUUUUUUUCUGGAUUAUUUUACCUAAAGGCUAAAUUUACUCCGUAUGCACAUUAUCACUUCUAAUAUUGAUGCAUUCAAUAUUACACAAGCAAUUGGUGCAAUUCAUUUGAUUGGUCAAAUUCAGGGCAGAUGUGGUUCAAGGUGGAAAGGUAGUGAGAUACAGGAAGGCUUCAGUAUAUACAAUCAGUCACAACUAACAUCUCUAUUCUCUUACCUCUUACAUCCUCACCUUUUUUUUUUUUAGCAUAGACAAACCUGGUUUAUCUACACCUAGUGGCAAUGUUAAUGGUGGCAGAACGGAAAUCACUCCUCCACUGGUUGCAGGAGCUUACAUGAUGUCAGCCAUCUAGUUUAACUGUGACUAAAAAAAGACUAUCCAAAUCAGUUCUAACAAUGUAGAGCAGUAUCAUCAGCGCAGUUAGACUAGCUUAGAUCAUAUUAACAUUUAUUGAAAUGGAAGAUGAUGUUUCCAAAUACUAUGGUACAGGCCAAGAGAGAUGAUGUCAUUGAGCUAAGCCAGUUGCUCCUCAGAAAGAUGAAACUAUCAUUUAAAGCAGGGAAAGAUGGACGAGUCUAUUUUUAUAUAUCCAACUGUCUAACCUUUUAUUUGAUUAUUUUUGUAGUUUUGCAUGUUUUAAUUUUCCAUCUCACUUUUCAUACCAUACAUGACAGGUAGUUUUAU